AUGGCUUCUCAAGAGUACGUAAAGCUCGCACAGUCUCUCCCGCCACGACUGCUACGAUUCUUCGCCCGUUACCCUCCCCCUACAUCCUCCUUCGCCAACCGCGCCCCAACAUCCUCAAUGUCCACCUCCCUUAGCACCUCCUCCUCCGACCCAAAUGCCAGUCGAGAAGAGAAUACCAUCUCAGAUUCCCCCCCAUCACUCCCUUAUCCGAACCCGUUCCAAUCGCAAAAGCACCCAGCUACCGGCAAAUGGCACAACCCAGUCUUUUCGUUGCGGCGGCAAGCGGAUCUAGUGAAGAUGGCACGAGCCAAUGGAAUUGAAGAGCUAUUACCUUACACAACCAAGGGCACAGAAGAGAGAAUACAGAGGAGGGUGAAGCAUGGAUUGAGGGUGAAGGGGACAGGGGUCGGGCAGAAGGUGAAAGGAAAGCUGUGGGAGAGGACGAUGAAGGGGAGGUUGGAGAAGAGGAGGCAGGCUAUGUUGGAGAUGCCCAAGUUGGUACAGGAGUGGAAACAGAAGGGCCAUGGCCGUGGGUGGAAGAAAUGGCCGAAAUGA